AUGUCUGACAAUUUUAAUAUUUUUGUUUACUAACUAUUCCAAUAGUACUGUAUGUAUAGUCAUUAGUCACUAGUCAGUGUGUUUUAGUUUCGUUUAAUCCAAGAAUUGCAUGUUAGAACGCUAACGAUAUUAAUUAACUGUUUCAGUCUUUUUAAAAAAUUAUUUGAAGAAAUAGGCAGUGGUGUGAGUAGUGAAUCAGUGAUAACUUUCCGUUUCCAAUACUGUUUCAGUUCUGAUUUUCUUUCAGUUAGAUAAUAGUAAACACAAGUUCAUGCUGGAAUAGGCUUAUAAAAUUCGAAAUUAAAAGACUUAGUUUAAAUUUUCUUUAAUUGAUAAACAAACAGUUUAAAUAAAUUAUUUAGCUCACAACUGUUUUUACUAUUGAUCUACAAUGUCAAGACAAGGAACUAGGCUUGAUGCAAAAAAAGUGAAUUCAGAGCUGUUCACGUUGACUUAUGGUGCAUUAGUCAGCCAACUGAUAAAAGACAAUGAUAAUAUAGAAGAAGUCAACAAACAGCUGGAGAGAAUGGGUUACAACAUCGGUAUUCGAAUCAUCGAAGACUUCCUCGCUCGCACCAACGCUGGACGCUGCUAUGACUUUAGAGACACUGCUGAGAAAAUUCAAACAGGAUUCCGCCUAUACCUUGGUGUUACACCAGUCAUUACAAACUGGAGUUCCGCAGGGGAUGAGUUCUCGCUACAGUUUGAGUCCAGUCCUUUGACUGAGUUCGUAGAGUUGCCGGAUCACUGUUUGGGACUCAAGUACAUGAACGUUCUCACAGGAGUGCUUAGGGGAGCUUGUGAAAUGGUUCAGAUGGAUGUCACCAGCUGGUUUGUACAAGACGUGCUAAAAGGUGACAGUGUCACAGAGCUGAGGGUCAAGUUUAUCAAACGUUUUGAAGACGCCAUACCCGCAGGAGAAGAUUAGAGUUUCAAAAAUUAAUGUAUUAUUAUCUGUAAGCAACUAUGUUAAUGUUUAACUCUUUAUUGUGAAUAUUAUAUCCUUUCAUAUUCGUGUUA